UCACUUACUUCCGGGUUUGGCGGCCGCCAGGAGACGAAGGUUCACGUCAUGUAUUUGACACUUUCUGUGUGAUAUAAAGCCCUUCACGUCAUAUCCCUGUGUUUGUCGACAUUUUCGUACCGUUCUCAAGACCACGGUGGCAGGAGUGCUGCUCAGAAAAGUUCUAAAAUCAAGAUGGAGGCGAGACAUCGGGACAUCCUGAGGAGGAACCGGGUGAAACUGGUGAAGACCAUCAAAGUACAGCACAUCACCAACUUCCUCAUACAGGAGGAUGUUCUAACAGAAACCAUGGUGGAGGAAAUCAUGGCAGAGAAAACCAGUCAUGCCAAGGCAGAACAGCUACUGGACACACUGGUCACCAGGGGACCUAACGCAUUCAUGAUGUUCUGUAAGUCACUGAAGGAAUCCUAUGAGUGGCUGAGUAAGGACUUACUGGAGCAGGAUCAGAAGAGAGUGGGAACUACUGGUACUAGAGCUGUGCAGUGUGAAGAGGAUGUGUUAGAGGACAAAAUGGCCAGGAUGAACCUCCAGGACUCAGCUAGGGGGACAGAAAUCCUAAGAGAGAAGGAACUAAACAAGCUAGCCAGCAACCUCGGUGCCGAGUGGGAAAAACUCGCCAUAGAGCUGGACUUCAAAAAGUCUGAACUCUACAAAUUCAAGGAGGACAAUAAGAACAGUGUACAUGGGCAGAUAUUUGAUAUGCUAUGUACAUGGAAGGGGAAACAGGGAAGCAAGGCCACAGUAGGAAACCUGGUGCACAGUAUGAUAGAAGUUAGCAUAGGGGAAGAUGUGUACAAGUUUCUUUUAGAUGAGCCCAGGGGUUAACUUUUGAACAAGGAAUACUUUUUUAGUUUAGAUAUCAAACUUUUGAUAGCGUUAAUCUUGCUGCCA